AUGGCGACUGUGCAUGGGGUUGGAGAUAAUUUGGUGAUAUGUGCAUCUUCACAUGUUAUUGUUGCGCAGAUAUCGGCGGACGGAUUGUGCAUAGAAGGUGAGUUAGACGUGACAGAGAUAUCGAGCUCGUUACCACUGCCUCGGAAGGAAAAAUCUGAAGAAAACGAAGCAGGAGUCAGAAUCGAAGAGAAUCGACGAUGCCGACAUCCAGGUAUGAAGAUUUUAUGUUCUACGGUAUCAAGUUGUGGAUCAUUACUGUCUGUUGCUACGUCUGCGAAGACGGUGCUUAUUCUCGACUUACCUACAUUAGCUUUUCGAAGAGGGUUCCGGAUUCCAAAAGCACCAACUUCAAUGACAUUUGAUAAGGACACUUCACACGUUGUAGUGGGGGAUCGAGCUGGCCAUGUAUGUAGGUAUACCGUCGCUCCACCAAGUAAAUGCGGUUAUACGGAUAUAAAUGGAGAAACGAGUUCGUAUGAGGGCGAACCUCUUACGGGUGCAAUAUCCAUGGUUCUUGACGUUGCGAUCUCCAACGAUGGUCGGCGCUUACUUGUUGCUGAUCGCGAUGAAAAAAUCCGAGUUUCGCGAUAUCCAGAGGCCUAUAUCAUAGAGUCGUUUUGUCUCGGGCAUUCUGCUUACGUUGGUUCUAUUGUACCUCAUGGCAACCGUCUGUUCUCAAGUGGUGGAGACGGUAUCGUGCAUGAAUGGGAUGUGGAAAGUGGCUCUUCUCUCGCAGAGUCUAAAAAGAUAGACGAAGAGCCCAUACGGAGAAUUUGCGUCUGCGAGAAGGACAGCAAUCUUUGCAUAGCAGCCACAAUGGGAAGUACUAUGACUGUAUUCAAUGAUAAGCUAGAAGUUAUGAAGCGAUAUAUCACAUUCGAUUCAUUAACAGAUAUUACUCCAUUCAAAGGAAACAUAAUUGGAGUGAGCAGGUGUGUUGAAUGGACCGCACUGCGGUUUUCACUAAUGUUUCGUUCCAACUUUAUUUUCUUUUGGGGUAGGAAGAGAGCUGCUGAGUGA